CAAGAAUCAGCCUGUGGGGGGGGGCACGCCCAACCUGAUUCUAGAGAGACGGGCGCCGCCGCGGGCGCCGCGGGACUCCCAAGGGAGGUGGGCGCCGCCGCGAACGCCGCGGCGCCCGGCAGGGCCGACGGCUGGCCGAGCCCGCGCGCGUGGAGGCCGUGGCCCGCCCUGGCAGCGGGCAGAGGCAGCAUGCCGCCCGCGCCCGGCCCCCUCUGCCCACGCAGCCAGCUCCUCUGUGCGCUGGCAGCUUUCUGCAUGCUGGCGGCCCCGACGGCUUUGCUGCUGGCGCUGGCAUACUCUCUGCCGGCUGCGGGGGCGGCGGCGGAGCUGGCGUGGGAGCUGUCCACCAGCCUGCAAAGCGAGGUGGCCGUGUGCGUGGGCUUCUUCUUCGCCAGCCUGACGCAGGGGAUCUUGGGCUUCGGCUUCGGCAUCGUGUCCAUGGCCAUCUUGCCGUACGCGUUGCCGCUGAUGGAGGUCGUGCCGGUUGUUGGCGUCGAGGGAUUGGCGGUGACGAUGCUGGUCCUGAUUCAGGUGUUCACGGAGGUGGACCGCCAGGCGCUCGUCGCAGUGGCCCCCCUGCUGUUGGGCGAGCUGGGCGGCGUUCCGCUGGGCUCCAAGAUGCUGCAGUGGGUGGACACCGCCUGGCUGCGGCUUCUCCUCGGUGUCACGAUGGUGGCUUUCAGCGUGUACCAGCUGAUCGAGGGCAGGAGGGCGCCCGGCGCCGGGCCGGAGCCGGGCCCUGGCUCGCAUGGCGCCCGGCCGGCCCGACCCGCGCUGGCGCUGGCCGUGGGGCUGCUGUCCGGCGUCCUGGGGGGGUGCCUGAGCGAGGGCGGGCCGCCGGUCGUGGCGUUCCUGGCGUCGCAGGGGUGGUCGAAGGGCCGCACGAAGGGCACCAUCCAGUGCUUCUUCUUCUGCCUCACCUGGUACACGCUGGCGGUGCAGGCCUCCGUGGGCAUCCCCGAAGGACAAAGACGGCGGCAUGCACACAAGCUGGUUUUUUUGCAAUCCUUCGUACAAGCUGACAGAGGUCCGCGCGUGAACUUCAUGGAUCGGCGCUGAGGCCCCCCACGCGGCGCCGCCCUUGGCCCGCUCCGCGCACCCCGGCUGCGGGGAUCCAGCGCCGACCCGAAGACUCUGCGCAGAGUUCGGAAAGUUCGUUCAGGCGAUGGCGAACACGGAUCAAGGGGGCGUGAAUCAGCGACGGGUCCCGUUUCCACUGGAAGUCGCGGAUUUCCGCCGCCGAGCGAGGCGAAGCCCGCCGCAUCUUGGGGAGGGCACCUGCCCCGACCCAUGGAUUUGGGCACCGCGCGCCAGAUCCAUGGAUCGCUGAUCCAUACCUGCGCGCCCCCGAUUUAUGUCUGCGCCGGCGUUUCUCCUUCUGCAUCCUCCACGUGCGUCACCUCUACUACGUCGCCGUGGGCAUGCCCUCGGUCGCGCUGGGGGCGGGCGCCGGGGCGCUGGUGAGCCGGCGCCUGAACACGCGGGUGUUCUUCGGCCUGGUGAUGGUUUUCAUGCUCGCCCUCGGCGGCCUCUUCGUUGCCAAGUCUGUGUGCCAGCUGGUGCCCCCCGCCCUAGGGUCAGACCUGCCAUCGCUGCGGGCGGGCGCGCACGACGGCACGCCGAAAGGGUAGUUGGCCCCCCACUGGGCGUCGGGCCUGUCGCGCCCCAGCCGCACCCCGUCUCCCCCGGCUCCUGCUUCGCGCUCCCACUGCUCCUCGCGGGUCAAGGGUCAUUUUUUUUUGCGCGCGCUCGGCCCCUGGUUUGGGACCUCCGUGGGAUGAGGGAUCCUGCCCUUCCUCGAUGGUGGACGCUCCCCCUCAUUGAAAUCAGGAUUACUGCUGGCAGUGUCGAUGCCUCCGAAUUUUCAAUACCAAGCAUGCGUCUCGUGGCACUUCCAGAAAAGCUCGGACCACGCACGCGUGCCAGCGCUGAGUGUCGGCCGAUCGGCAACAUGUUGCAACAAUAGAUGCUUCAUGGUCUCGCCUAGCGCAUGCGGCGCGUGGCAAUGGCACCAAGAAGAAUUCGUAGCAAAUGACCGCAUGCCAGAAGCAAUCGAGAGCGAGCGAACAUGAUACCACGAUCGUCCCUUCCUGCAUGUAUAGGUACCGGAGACAGCAUCCUGCG